AUGGCGGACUUACGUCGGCCCGAAAUAGCUGACUUACCCCCCCGCCCCCAACACCGACAGUCGACAAAAAAUACCGGCAACGCAUCGACCGACGGUAAAUUACCGACCGUUGGGAGUCUCUACAGCGAAGUCGACUUGAAUAACAAAGAAAACGACAACAAUCUCGAGAACGAACAAGGGUACAAGAUAGUCUCCAGACUCGGUCGUAGGAGUCUCGACUCCCUGCAGGCUGAUUUUACGAACAUCUGUCGGCUCUCAACUCCCGUUCGCAAUGAAGAUAGUUUUAACGAAAAGGCUGACAAGAACUUCGUGCUGCCCUCCGCUGAAAACAGUCUGACUACGGACAAAUACAAUGAUCCAGAGUCCGGCAGGCUGGAGAUGGAGUUAGCUGAUGAAGAAAAGGAGGAGGAAGCCUCCAAUUCCCUGAAUAAAAUCGAUGAAGGAGAUAAUUAUGGGCAGAAGCUGGAUUAUUCCCUGUUGAAGAUUUACUCAAUUCAAGUAAAAUCGACAGCGACUUUAGAGGGACAUACAACUCCAAGAUUGAAUUUCGUUGAUGUGGGUACUCGAUCCCUAGGUCAAGGUCUUUUAGUGGAUGCUGAUAUGGCUUAUGUCGGAAAAAUUAUGAAAAGUGUAUACUGUUUAAUUGGUGAUGAAGAAUCAGCAGAAGACUCAAUUUCGGAAGCGCCACACUUUGCCUCUUACUACAAACUUGAUAAACUUUGUGCCACUUUUGACAUCAAUCGUCUCGGUCAAAGUAAAUCAACUUCUUUACAACAUAACAUGGAAGUAUACCGAAAGUGCUUGCAGGCAUUUGGAUUUAAUGCUUUAGUUGUCGAUGGUCAUGAUGUUGAAGAAUUGUUCAAGGCAUUUCACGAAGCACAAAUUACUAAGGACUGUCCUACAGCUAUUCUCGUAAAAACAUUCAAAGGCAAGAAUUUCCAAAAUAUUGAAGAUUUCGAUAACUGGUAUGGUAAAGCUCUUGGUAAUAAAGCUGAAGAAGUCAUCGCGCAUUUGAAAUCAUUAAUAAAAAAUGCCGGUCCUUUGGCAUUACAUUCGCUAAAACCUUUGGUUGAUAAUGUUCCUGUGGUAGAUAUUACCAACAUUAAACUUGACAGCCUACCCAAUUACAAAAAAACUGAUAAAGUAGCCACCUAUUUGGAUUAUGAAACUGUUUUCUCUACAAUAGCCAAGAAUAACGCACGUGUUAUUGCAUUGGAUGGUGACACUAAAAAUUUUACCUUCGCUGAGAAGAUAAAAACUGUUGACCCAAAACGUUCUGUUAAGUGUUUCAUUGCUGAACAGAAUGCUGUUAGUGUUACUAUUGGAGCUGCAUUGAGAGAUCGUACUGUAGCUUUUGUAUCAGCCUUUGCAACAUCUAAUCUUUCACUCGUACUUUUGAUCAGGUGUGAUUUUAUUUCUUAA